GUAUAUGCAAACCAGAGUCCCGGCUCCCCGGGGCUGCCCUACCCGGCCGGGGCUGAGGCUGCGGCUGGAGCUGCGGUGGGUGCUGCUGUCCUCGCCGGAGCCCGGCGCUGUCAUGCCCCCGCCGCGCGGCGGGCCGCUGAGUCCCGGAGCCGCUAUAUAAGUGCAGGCAAGGGGACAUUCGGAGGGGCUGAAGAUGAAGGUGCCCGCGCAUGGGCCCCCACUGAUUGCCAACCCCUCCCGAGCCCGCGCCGAGCGCGGAGCCCGCGGCCGCCCAGGACCCGCCUUCGCCGCAGUAGCAGCUGGAGCAGCGACAGAGGAGGCAGCUACGGCGGUGGCGGCGGCGCCCGUCGCCGGAGCGCGUAGAUCGGCGGCGGCAGCUCGGGGGCCGCCGCUGCCCCGGCUGCCAUGAGUUGUGCGGAGGUGAUGUAUCACCCCCAGCCGUAUGGAGCGCCCCAGUAUCUGCCCAACCCUGUGGCAGCUGCAACCUGCCCCACAGCCUACUACCACCCGGCGCCCCAACCUGGCCAGCAGAAGAAGUUAGCGGUAUACAGCAAGAUGCAGGACUCUCUGGAAGUCACCCUUCCCAGCAAACAAGAGGAGGAGGAGGAUGAGGAGGAGGAGGAGGAGGAGGAGGAGAAAGACCAGCCUGCCGAGAUGGAGUACCUUAACUCUCGCUGUGUCCUUUUCACUUAUUUCCAGGGAGACAUUGGGUCAGUAGUGGAUGAACACUUCUCAAGAGCUUUGGGCCAAGCCAGCACCCUCCAUCCAGAAUCUGCCAUUUCAAAAAGCAAGAUGGGGCUAACCCCACUAUGGCGAGACAGCUCAGCUCUCUCAAGCCAGCGGAAUAGUUUCCCGACUUCCUUUUGGACCAGCUCUUACCAGCCCCCACCUGCACCCUGCUUGGGGGGUGUUCAUCCUGACUUCCAGGUCACUGCACCCCCUGGCACCUUUACUGCGGCCGACCCCAGCCCCUGGCCAGGACACGGCCUGCAUCAGACUGGCCCAGCCCCUCCCCCGCCCGCAUCCGAGUCCUGGCACUAUCCUUUGGCAUCUCAGGUGAGCCCAUCCUACAGCCACAUGCAUGAUGUGUACAUGCGGCACCACCACCCCCACGCCCACAUGCACCACCGCCACCACCACCACCACCACCACCACCACCCUUCUGCUGGCUCUGCCCUGGAUCCGUCCUAUGGGCCCCUGCUGAUGCCAUCAGUGCGUGCAGCCAGGAUUCCUGCUCCCCAGUGUGACAUCACAAAGACAGACCCGACUACAGUCACCACUGCUACCUCAGCGUGGGCCGGAGCCUUUCAUGGAACCAUGGACUUAGUGCCAAGUGUGGGGUUUGAAACAGGUCUACAGCAUCAAGACAAGAGCAAGGAAUCACCCUGGUACUGAAACACAGUAUUAGCAAGUCAGGUUGAAGUGUGAAUCCAUGGGCCCACUGGGAAAGAGGCUGCCAGGAUUUCCCAUUCUGCAGUGGGACACAAUAGACAUGGAAGAAGAAGAGGAAAUGUCAGCCAGCUAACUUUGGUUUGGAGCCUUUUCUUGAGAAAGCAGAGUGGGUCCUAGACAUUGAAGAAAAGCAUUUUUAUUUGUUUGUUUUUUUUCCCUCAUCUGAGCCUUUGUCAACUGUGCAAAUCUUUUUUUUUUUUUUUUUUUUUUUUUUGUCUUGCUUUUAUCAAUACAUGAUUUAAUUUUUGUUUCAUUCUGAUUUUUUUUCUUUUUCCUUUUUGAACCAACCAUCUUGUCAGGAAAAGAUGAACCAGACAUGAAAAUGCUCAUCCUUUCAGGAAUACAAUUUUGUAGCUCUAUGUGUAUCUAUUUUUGUAGAAUACAGAAAGUUUGAUUUAGCAUUGAUGGGCUAUUUUUGAGGGAUGUAUUUUUUUUAAUAUUGUAAAAAUUGGUAAGUUCUGUUUAAAGAACUUGCUCUCAGAGAAGCACUGGCAAAAAUGUUAAAAAUGCUUGUCUUUAAAAUGUCUGUGAUAUGCUCUGUGCUUUCUAGGUUACCUCAAGUGUUUGAUAGUUCCUCCUUUUUACAAAAGUAGCAGCAUAGCCAAGCCAAGAUAGUAUUGUUUUACAUUAAAUCUCGGCGAAGAUUUAAUUCCAUGUUAGCUCACUUAGCUUUGAGUUAUAUGUAUAGAUUGAAAAGGAAGUUUUCUAAUGACCAUACUAAAGAAAGGAUAUUUCAUUACUUCGAUUUGUCCCAAAGAGUACUUGGAGUUUGACUAAGAAGAAAGUUUGCAUCAACUUUCAGUCAGAGGGAGAGACUGCCUGGAGUAUAUAAUUGUCUUUCUAGCCCAUCCAACUUUGAUAAAUGGAACCGGUUUGUAUCCAACCACUGGAAAAAAAAAUACAUUAACCCAUGCUACCUUUGAUUGCCAGUGACUUAGUUUCCUUGUUUCUAAUUAUUCAAUCAUGGCAAUUUUUAAGGUCAUAUUUUAAGUGGGUGUUUUUGUUUGUUUGUUUGUUUGUUUUCGUUUUUAUUUUCCGAGAUAUUUUGAAUGGAAAAUAUUUGGGAGGCUACUAGACACAGCACAGGCCUUUAAUUCAGUGGCUAUUUCUGACGUUACUCAUCAUUAUAUAUUGAAAAAUAAUAUAUUGUAUAUGUGAUUUUAAACAUAGGUUUUUUUCAAGUCUUUUUUUGGUUGUUUAAAUCUGGUCUUAGUUGAUUGAACUCUUUUUAAGAAAAUGAUUUAGGGUAAAAUGAAAUUUAAAUUAGAAUAUGCCACAAUUACUUAAAUUGGGGUAAUAAAUUAGCCACUUAUUAUUUGAAAUUUAUUCAUGAAAACUCAGGAUUCAACUUGACGUGGCCCUCAGGACCUAAAUAAGGUGAAGUUGGAAUUAUCAUUAAGAACCUGUUGGGAAAAGAUUAGGGUUAUAAAAGUAGCAGUUAGUAAUAUUUUAAGGAUUUUUGAUUCAAGUCCAUUCUCUCAAAGCUGCUUCCAGAGAUGGGUCACAUUAAAGAGUUAGGGUUAUAUAGAAGUUUUAGUUUGGUAAAAGUUUCUCAAAUGUCCCCCAUCCUUGUCUUCACCAAUAUGAAAUACAGUGUUUAGUGAAAUACCACUUUCCAUUUUAAAUUGUGUAUAUCUUGUGUGUAAAGAUUUUAGCUAUAAGAACAACACAACCUUUGCUCAGCUAGGCAGGGUUCUUACAGAUAAUUUUAAAGUAGUUCCCUUAUCUCUGUUUUUUACAUUGGUUGUCUUUCCUGGUGCCUCCUGUGAGUUAUAAAUCUAUACACUCUCUUGUAUUCUUAUCACUCCAUAAAUUGCUUCUUCUUACCUAGACUCUCCUUAACACAAUAUGCAUAUUUUUACCUAAUGUGAGGUUGAAACUUAAGGAAUUUUUCACUUACUAAUGACAUGAACUUUGAGUUCUAGGGAGUGGCUUGGUUAAAUUAUCUAUAUUUUGAUCUAUAAUUUGAUUUGUUAUGGUUGUAUGUACUUUGUCCAAUCUGUGGAGCAUGAAGUUGAUUGAAUCUAUAAAAUCGGUUUCCUGUUGUGUCCUCCUGAGUUUUCAAAGACAAGUAUUCAGCAGUUCCGGAUGACUCAUUGGGGAUUAUUUAUUUCCUUCCUCUUCCUUUGGAACCUAUUAACUUCCUUUGCAGUUUCUCUUAGAACAGUGUUGUACUCCAACUCAUUCAGAUCAUGCAAUUGGAUUUUCCCAAUUAAGGGAGAAGAAAAGUAUUAACUCUCUGCUCCGUUCCUUCUUCUCCAUUGAAUUGAAUUCAAAAGGAGAGCAGACAAUUGGAUAGCUUCACCCUGAAUUUGGACUGUGUUCUGUGCCACUGUAGGAUGGUACAUUGUGCACGGUAGAAUGUAGGAUGAAACAUUCCUUGGCUCUGCGGCCCAAGAAAAGUUGGGGACCUGAAUUCUGCUGUAUCUAGGAAAGAUUUGCAAGUGAGGUCUCUUGUUGAGAAAAGACAUCAUUGACAUAUUGCAAGGAUUAGAUCCUUGCAAGAUAAGGAAUAGAUCAAAGUCUAAAUAAAAAGAGAGUGCAUGUCUCUAUAAUUGCCUGGCAUCCCCUUGUUAUGAUCAUUUUACCUUUACCACCAGAAGUUAUAAAAGAGAAUGGGUUGUAAUUUAGCAUGAUAUUCUGACCUUAAGUUUAAAAUGCUAUCACUGUCUGGUUUUGCUUUCAUCACAUCAAAACGAUGCUGUUGAACUUAUAGACUUCUAACCUGCUUUAAAGAGGCUACCAGCUUCCUCCCUAAAUCAUUUGAAACCACUCCACCUUUGACUAUUUUAAAAAUUAGACUUUAUUCAAGGUUUUGGAAGGUGUGAGCUAAACCAUAUAAAAUCAUCUCAUUUAUUUGACAUCUAAUCCAGGCUUUGGCCACUACACUAUCAUAAGUUAAUGAACAACUCAUGAGUUGGAUCUCAACAGGCUACUUUGUCCCUCAUCGUUUAUUUGAAAGAGCCUCUAAAUAUUUUAAAAAUCAAUGUUUCUUAAGAAGGUUAAUCAUCCCCUUCCUAACUUUCAUCUGUAAUUUUUCUUCUUUCUCUUUCUUCUUAAAAUUAUUUACAUUGUCAUUUAAGCAAAAAUGCCCAGGGUUGCUCCAAAUGUUGCAAGUAAGAACCAGUGGUUUGCAAAUAAUUGAGGAAUUAGUUCUUUGAACUUUAUAACAAACCUAAAAAAAAAAAAAUUCUAGGCAUUGGUGUAAAACAUGCCCUUGAGGAGCUCAUUAUUCAUUUUGCAAACCAUAUUUCCUAUUCCUGUUCUAAGACCUGCAGAAUAGGACUGGAUCUAUCUAGUUUUUGCAUUUGUUCUGUGGUUUAGUGUUACAUGUGUCAUUUAAAGUUGCAGUCAGAAACUAUAUUUUAAGAAACUAAAUUCUAUUUCUUACUGGGUGUCCCUCCGUUUGUUACACUGUAUUUGCCAAAUUAAGUCAAUGAGGCAUUAAGUGGUGGUAAAGGAAAGUAUACAUGCUGGAGUUUUGACUGGGGGAUGAAUAGAAAAGUAGAAUGAAUUAAUGGAAAAGAUCAUUGGUUUGUAUAUUAGGUCAUUCUCUGAAUUCUGCCUUGGCCACAGUUAGAUAUGUGUGAUUUGGGGUUUAUCUUAUGAAGAAAGUGAGAUAAUAAUACCUAACUGGCAGGCUGUGAAGUGUGGAAAUCAUAUCUAUAUUAUAUAUAUAUAUAUAUAUAUAUAUAUAUAUAUAUACACAUAUAUAUGUAUAUAUAUAUGUAUAUAUAUAUCUCAUAUAUAUGUGAUCAAUCAUAUCUGUCUCAUUAUAGCUAUUUAAUAAAUGACAGGCACCACAAAUGUCUAUCAAUUUUGUAAGUAGGUCAUAAAACUGAGCUCCCAAAUGUCCCUUCUCUAUACUUUCCAUAUCUAUUUCUGCAGCAAUCCAAUAGAUAUAUGAAUACUUUUUCAUGACAAAUUGUUGCAAGAGAAUCUUUGCCCACUACUAUUUGUUGAAGAUAAAAUGUAAAUUUCUUAAUUAUUUCUGUUACUUUAGUGUGUCAUUUAUGAAAGAAAAUAACCUUUUAGUGGUAUGUAGCCCCAACUGUGAGUUUUCUUACAUAUUCCAAAGUUUUAUUCAUCCAGGAUCCCAAAUCAAGGCAACAUCUUUAUUAAAUCACCAAAGUUUAUAUUUUUCAAUUACAUUUUGGGCUUCCUUAGCACCUGGAAUAAAAACAUCUCUUUUGAAGUUAUCCAUUUUUUUUUUCUUUUACUUGCCUUGGAGGAAAAAUUGCAGAAUAUGGUGGAAAAAGAUUGUUUGCAUGAAAAGGGGAGGGAAAAGAAAACCCUUUACGAUCUCAGCAGAUUUACUCUGCUUGAGAAAAAAAGAAACAAUUUUAUUGGAAGCAGAUGUUGACACUGUGUCAGUUAUUGAAGAUGGAAAGAGUUCGCUUGAGCCAUUGCAGUUACAAAGGGGUAUUGAUGGCAGUUAGAAUCCCUGUGAUGGAUCACCUUCACGGCAGACAUAAGGACAGCAGAAAAGCAGAAACUGUAUGAGACCACUGAAAUCAGCCUGCUGAUUUUAACGUACAGGAUCCUAAGGAUCCAGUUUCAUUUUGUUUUGUUUUGUUUUGUUUUUUCUUUCCUCCAGGAUGAAAGACACAUCUGUCAGAAAAUUUAAGGCUUCUUUGAGAAAUUUACUUUUAUUCUCUAAAAACAUGGCCUAAGAGCCCUUUAAAUCUCUUAUUUUUAAAGUACUAAAAGUAGUAUUAAAGUCAUUUUAGAAAAAUCAGGUUAUAGUUUUAUCUCAGUGACGUAUGUUGAAAAUAAAUACAUAAACUACACAAAAAUGGAUGAUUGAAGAUUGGGGUAUGGGUGGGCCCUUCCAGGAAACCUUGGUCUCAAUAGCUUUAAUUACCUUAGUAACUUGGUCAUGGACAUUGGUCACAGAACAGACUUUCAGGCUUUUCUCUUUUAGUGCUGUCUUGGAAUUUACUCCUAUAUACUUUUCCAAAGUAUAGAAAUAGCCAUUAUUAUUAAAAUAUCUUGAUUUUCCUAUUUCCUUUAUUGUCCAUUAUGCUUUUUUAUUUGUUUGAAAAAUUUUUAUAGUUUCAAAUAAUUAAUCAAACUAAUGUUCAGUCAAAAUUGCAAAUUAACUUGAUCCGAUAAUAUGUAAAUGUCCUUUUAAAGGUCCAAGGCAUACUAUUGAAUUAAGUGUAAUUAUGUAAGUAAACAAUGAUACCUUCUAGAAAAGGGACAGUCACCAUCAAGUAGCUUCCUUUUUAACAAUUUCUGGACUACUAAAUUUUGACUUAAGAAUAACUCUUUUAGAAUAUAAGAUUCUUUAGGGUUUUUUUUUUUUUUUGGUGUAUGCAUAAGAUGUGAACUUUUCUAAUGAUAUCUCUUUAUACUAGUAGAGAUGUACAUUUUUUUUUCUAUGCUGUGGCUAGGGCAAAAAUGAAUGAUUAUUUACACACAUGAUUUAAUUUCUUAGGAUAUUUACAAUCUUGGAUAUUAUAUAUGAUUUUAAAAUACUAUUCCAUUCAUUUUUCUGGAUGUACAAUAUAGGGAAGAGUUUUCAUGUGAAUUCUUUGUUCAUUUUAAAGUGCAUAUAUUGAAAGAGAAAACGUGGAUUAAUUUGUUUUUAUCAUAUACAUCUAGGUAAGGUGAAAUACUUUUAUAAAAAAAUAGUGUAGAAGACUAUAUUUGUCACUUGGUUAGGUAAACUGAAAAUAAUAAUAGAAAUAUUAUCUUACAACAUUGAAAUACAAUGAAAUUCCAGACUUGUGAGUUUUAUGAGCAAUUUUAUGCUAUCUUAAUUUUACAUUUCCAGAAAGACAAAUUAACUAAUCUUACCUAGUUGUCAGUCUUUAAUUCAUAAAACUUUUGGGUUUACAAGCUCAUUAUGAAAUCAUAAUUUUUGUUUGUUUUUCUUGGGAUUGUGGAAAGAGACAUUUUCAUAUUUCUAUUCACUCUUCAAAUGCAGGUCACAUAACUAUGUGUCAGUGAUAUAAGAUGAUGGAGGACUUUGUAGUAAAAACUGUCACCUUCAAUUUGUUCAAUAAAUAAUUUAAUGUGAA